AUGAUGGUUAUCUUAAUCAUGAACUCAGUUUAUGGUGGUCAUCUUAAUCAUGAACUCAGUUCAUGGUGUCAUCUUAAUUAUAAACUUAGUUCACAGUGGUCAUCAAUUGUGAACUUAGUUCACAGUGGUUAUCUCAAUCGUGAACUCAUGAUCAUCUCAAUGGUGAACUCAGUUCAUGGUGAUCAUCUCAAUCAUGAACUCAGUUCAUGGUGUCCAAUCAUGAACUCAGUUUAUAGUGGUCAUCAAUCGUGA